AUGCCUACUCAGGAGCAGCUACCGUUACUGCCGACAGCAAAAGGGGCAGCAAAUUCCUCAAAGCUAGCGACUAAACAAGGUAAACAGAGCAAAUAUCCGAAUGACAUCAGCGAUUCCAAGCCAUCAAGGGUUGGUGCCCAAAGGACAUCACGUACUGCACAGAAACUCAAACUUUUGCCCGAAGAGCCAUUUGAUCGAAAGGAGAGUGAUCUAGAGUCAGCUGAUAGAGAGGUAUACUCUCAGGUAGAUAGGAUAACCGACAAACCGGCUAGAAGGGAUGCUGAGAAACUUGGCAAGAGUCAUAGACAUUUGCUUCCUCGAGUUACAGCGUACUGUACUUCAAGUUCAUAUAAUAUGAAAGAUCUAAUUAGGUGGAUCAAGGAUUGUAAGAGAAUACAUCAUACUCACCCAAAACUUUUCGACGAAUGCUUGUACACACCUUUCAUCUAUACUGAUUGGAGAGGUGAUAAGAGGUUUGAACACGAAGAUGUAAUACGAUUAGACGAUGAGGGUGGUGAAAUCAACGUGAGUGAUAAACAACCGGACUUGUUCAUUUUCGAGUACGGUGUAAUUGUCAUGUGGGGUUUCACAGAGCGAGAGGAGAAGGCAUUUUUAAAUGAUGUCGAAAAGUUUGAAAAGGAGAAACUGGCAGAGGAAGAUGUGCAAGUUGAAGAGUUCAAUUACUAUGUGACACAAAGUUACCAGCCCAGGAUUUACAAUGACUUCUUCACCUUAAGAGAUGGGUCAAACUACAUGAUAAAACUAUCUAUUUCACACGCUAUUGCACAAAGUGUAAAGAUAUCGCUAUUUGAAGAGUUGGUCGACAACACCAUUGAGGAUACACAAGACAUACCUCAGGAAAUCGCAUCUAGCGGUAAAGUUUCGAUGAGUAAGGAAGACAUAAUGAAAAGUAUUGGAGAGCUAUUCAUUUUAAGGAUUAAUAUCAAUUUACAUGGAUCCGUUUUGGAUUCACCCGAAAUUAUGUGGUCAGAACCUCAACUGGAACCAAUCUACCAGGCAACGAGAGGAUAUUUGGAGAUCAAUCAAAGGGUUGCCCUCUUGAAUCAGAGAUUAGAAGUUAUCUCAGAUUUACUUCAAAUGUUAAAGGAACAGUUAGGUCAUUCGCAUGAAGAAUACCUAGAGUUUAUCAUUAUCGUUCUCGUGGGUGUCGAAGUGCUAGUUUCGGUUAUAAAUAUAGUCGUCGAUCUGGUAACUGACAACAAUUAA